AUGCGGUCUUCGGUCUUCGUCUCAGUCGUCUUUGUGCUGUCAGGCGCCUCAGCUUCAUUCGACAGCUUAUCGCCAUAUGUCAAUCCUCUAGAUUAUACCGAUUCCUCUCCUAGACUAUUUAAGCGACAAGGGUGUCCGGGUGGAUUCACAAACUGCGGUGCACUUGGGAAUAGUGGUGCUUGCUGCCCAACGAACCAGGUCUGCGCUCGAGACUCAGCCGGAAACGUGGCAUGCUGUCCUGUCCGUGCAUUAUGUACAGGCACGAUAGGGGGAACGGCACCAGGUACUGGCGUAGGGUCGAGCACUGGCGCUGUUAUUAUUGGGGGUUCGACAGGAACGCCGCCGUCGUCCGUAACAGCUACAAGUGGCUUUCUCUUUUCCAGCGUAACAACGACGCCGGCGCCAUCAUUCACCGGUUCGACCGUUCCAGGGGCCGUCUUCCCUUUUGUUUUCAUACCGACAACGUUCGCCAACGCUGCCGAGUGCUCAUCCUACGCCACAUCUUGCUCGAAUCAAUAUCAGUCAUGCCUUGCAACGCUAGGCGGCGGGGUCAAUGGCGUAACGGUGUCGGGGGCCAACGUCGGCAUCACAGUCCAAGGGGCUUCAACGACUGUAGCGAGCGCAAGCAGCGUCUGCAGCUCUCUCAGUCAACAAGCUUGCUAUGGAUUGCAGACAGGUAUUUGUCCACAAUAUGGAAGUGGCACAGGCACAGGGGGUGGUACUGGAGGCUUCGCUGUUGGCAGUGGAGCAGCGGCCAGAGCAACAGGGUGCCCUGGAAUAAUGUACGCAGUGGGUGCUGGAGCCAUGGCAGGAGCUGCCGGAGCUUAUUUGUGA